UAAACCACCAACCAAUUACCAAAUGAAGAGGAGAAAAGACGUUCAUGUAGUAGUGUAGAAGAGAAAGAAAACAUGGGUUUGCAAUUGGUAAGGGUAAUCCUCUCCGUCGUCCUACUGCUGCUGCUGCUAUGGCCGACAAAAACGUCGGCACUAGUAAAUGCUUCAUUAGCGAAAUACGGUUGUCAAGCGAAGUGCGGAAACAUUAGCAUUCCGUAUCCUUUUGGAAUUGGUCAAAAUUGUUCCUUCGACAGCUGGUACUCUGUAGAAUGCAAAAACAACAUCAAACCUUACUUAACACGCAUCGAUCUUGAGGUGCUGGAAAUUUCAAUAGAUGACAUGGACAGCUAUGUUCAAGUCAACAGUCCAGUAAUAUCUACCAACUGUCCCGAAUCCGAUACUACUGUUAACAACAACGGAAGCACAGCCGGAGACACAGUGACAAGCACGGUGGACUUGAGAAAUAGCCCUUUUGUCUUGUCAACAACAGCCAAUAUAUUCAUGGCCGUCGGGUGCGACAACCAUGCCCUAAUGACGUAUGUGAAUGACAGCACCAUUGCCGGCUGCAUUUCUAUUUGCAACAGUGGUACUCGUACCAGCGGUGGAGGAGGCGGCGACCUAACUAAUAGCUGCUUUGGUGUCAACUGCUGCCUGUCCCCAAUCACAGGGCCGGAUCUCCAGGCCUUCAAGGUAAAUUUGCAAAGCGUGGGUCAAGCUCGUCGUGGUGCUAGUCUUCAACCAUCAUCAUGUAUUAACGCUUUGUUGGUGGAUCAAAACUGGCUCACUGCUUAUUUAACUGACCCAUUUGCUGUCCAAAACAUGAGUCAUGUCCCUGCUGUGCUCAAUUGGGAUUUAUAUCUUAGUGCUGAGAACUACACAUCCUAUCAAAAUUUUUAUGAUGCACUUGGAAUCAUCAACCCAUAUAGAACCGUCUGUUACGAAUCGGUGACGAUGCUUUCCAUUUCUAACAGGACUUCCAUUCGUUUCACGUGCCAUUGCGACUACCUCAGCCUAGGAAAUCCUUAUCUUCCCUCUGGAUGCCAAGACAAGUGCUUAUAUGCUAAUAUAACGACACGGUGGUGCGCCUACCAGAGGUCCAAGUCAAGAAUUGCUAUCAUUAGUGUUUGCAGUGGAUCAGUUGGAGCAAUGCUUUUACUUAUUGCUGCUUGGUGGUUGUAUAAAGUAAUGAAGAAAAGAAUCGAUAAGAAACGCAAGGAAAAGUUCUUUAAGAGGAAUGGUGGUUUCUUGCUACAACAACAAUUGUCAUCAACUGAUGGUAAUGUUGAAAAAACCAAACUUUUUAAUGAAAAGGAAUUAGAAAAAGCCACUGAUCAUUACAACGAGGAUCGCAUCCUUGGCCAUGGAGGCCAAGGUACUGUAUAUAAAGGAAUGUUGUCAGAUGGGAGAAUUGUAGCAGUUAAAAAAUCCAAAAUUCUCGAUGAAGGAAAAGUUGAGCAAUUCAUUAAUGAGGUGGUCAUUCUUUCACAAAUCAACCACAGGAAUAUAGUUAUGCUGUUGGGGUGUUGUUUGGAGACAGAAGUGCCUUUACUGGUUUAUGAGUUCAUCUCAAACGGAACACUUUUCCAACAUAUUCAUGAUCCAAAUGUGGAGCUCCCAUUGCUAUGGGAGAUGCGCUUGCGGAUUGCCACAGAAGUAGCAGGAGCUCUUUCCUAUUUGCACUAUGCUGCAUCCAUACCCAUUUAUCAUCGAGACAUUAAGUCAACUAACAUACUUCUGGAUGAUAAAUACAAGGCAAAAGUUUCAGACUUCGGAACUUCAAGAUCAGUUGCAGUUGAUCAAACUCACUUAACUACACUAGUACAGGGGACCUUUGGGUACUUGGAUCCAGAAUACUUCCAAUCCAGCCAAUUUACUGAAAAAAGUGACGUUUACAGUUUUGGAGUUGUUGUUGUUGAGCUUUUAACUGGACAAAAAGCAAUAUCUUCUACCAGAUCCCAAGAAGGUAGGAGUUUGGCUACAUAUUUUAUUCAAUCAAUGGAGGAAAAUCGUUUACUUGAUAUUCUUGAUCCUAAGAUUUUGAAGGAUGGUCGAAGAGAAGAGAUUAUGGUUGUUGCUCACCUUGCAAACAGAUGCCUAAACUUGAAUGGAAAGAAGAGGCCUACAAUGAAAGAAGUGGCCGUUGAGUUGGAAGGAAUUAAAAUGUCACAAGGGGGUAUGACUCAACAAAAUUACGUGGAAGUUGAAUACAAUAAAACUGAUCUUACCGAGGCUUGGGAAAUUGCUUCAAUGUCGACAGGGACAUUUUCUGGUAGUGGCACUAGCACAACUUUACCAUUCGAUGUCCAACCUCUACUACUUAACAAACCAUGAGGUAUACAUUCUUCAUGUCCAUUAGAUGGCUCAUUGGACAAUAUACUAAUGUGUCAACCUAGAUGAGAUAUGCUAGUUAUGCUUUGUUGCUGUUAUCUUCUACCUGUGCAUUUCUUAGUUUCUUGGAUGUAACUCUAUGUACUUCUUAUACUCUGAUUUUUACAUCAAUAUAUUUUUACAUAAAAAAAAAAAAAGAA